CAAAAUGAAUUUUUUAAUAGUUGGUUAUAUAAAUUAUUCGUGUUAGUCUUAAGUGUAAUUUUAUGUCGACACCGAACGGGUCUCAUUAGCUAGGCAGACUCAUCACAAGGACACCUCAACACUGCUGCCAAGAUGAGCACCAGGAAAAACUAUCUUGACUUGGUCGCUCUGUUGGUACACGCAAGGCCACCAAAGCCACGUGAACUGAGACCCUGUCACCAACACGAACUCCUCCUGCAAUUAAUCUGCCGUCGCAAGGAGAAGCUGACCAACAGCCAACUGGAGGAUCUCGUUUGGAACAUCACCAACGGGCCCAAGAAAAAGAAGACCGCGAAAAAGUCGAGGAAAAGGCAGUGUGGUGGCAUGGAUGCAACCAGGGAACCCACCGAUGCGGAAGUGGUUUUCGGAUGCAGAGAGAGGACGCCGCCUCCCACGGUUUCCCACUGUGGCUGGGGAAGAUCACGGAUCGAAUGGCUGCGCAAGCUGGAGCUUCAGCAGAGGCAAUACUAUCAGGCUUGGCAGGAGAUAGCAAGCGUAAAUGAAGUCAAAAAAACAGGCAGCAGCACCACCAACAAAAAUGAGAAGACACCCAGUUGUAAAAAGGAUAAAAACAGGAAAAAGGACAAAGGCAAAGCCCGGUUGAAGCUGUCCGACUGUUGGUCGUUUCUUCCAUUCCUGUGUGGCAGGAACAUCGGGAAGGAUUCCAGCUGCCUGAACGUGCGGCACCGCAAGAAGACUCCGUGAUUUGCCUUCUGGGGCGCCACUGCGAUGGCUGCAACUUUACGACCGCCUCUGCACUUUGAUUUCGAUUUCCGGCACGACGGCACCGCAAUUAAAUUCGCCGGCAGACACAACUCUCUCGAAAAGUGCCAGUUGGCCAAGUUGCAUUUCUGCGACUGACGAGUGGCUGGCAAAGAGGAGGAGUCUGUGUUCCGUAACCUCCAGUCACGGCCUAAUUUGAUGAAUCCGUCAAGUGCCAACUCGAAGACCAAGUUUCGGGUGCCAAUUGAAAUCGGCGCGAGUCUCGAACUUUGCCCUUCAGCUCAACGAGGCAUUGAGUGCUUUUACUCUAAUCAGCUAUAUAAAAAUUAUGCUUUACUUUAAAUUCUUUUUACGACGACUUAAAGUGGAAUGAACUACCAAACACUAAAGAAAAUCAAUAGUAAACCCAAAAUAUGUUAUUUAAUUUUUUUAGCUAUCUUUCCACUUUGCAGAAGGCAUCAAAUAAGGUUUUACUUUCAUACUGCUUUACUGAGCUGGGUGUAUCGUUUUUAAAAUAAAUACCCUUGACACCAAAUAAAAAUAUAUUGCAAAA